AUGGAGGUUAAGGUAUCAGUGGAGGGGGUCCCACGUGUUGUCUGUGGAGUUACUGAGAAAACCACAUGCCAGGAAGUAGUCAUAGCUUUGGCUCAAUCCCUUGGUGAGUACACAUCUGGCAGCAUUUAUAUUUUAGGGUCUCAUUUCACUGUAUACUUUACAUGAUUUCUAAUCCAAAUCAAUCCUUUCAGGUAAUAAAUUCAUCCCAAUUAUCUUCCUUUGCUUAGGUCGUCCUGGGCGCUACACACUUCAGGAGAAAUUCAAAGAGUUUGAGCGGAAUGUGACACCUAAUGAACGGAUUCUGGAGUCUCUUGCGAAGUACGGACAGCAGGCCAGAGAGAUCCAGCUCACCCUGCUGCACAACGGGCCAUCCCUCUGGGAAGGGCCUAGCAGAGGGAAAGGCGGCAGAUACGAGGCUGGCCCUCAGCUUAGGAGAGCAGAUGCUGGGGGCAAAGUACAAAGGGUUAGCGGUGGGCUUAGUUUACACCGUCAAAGCCUACCGCCCUUAUCGUGCCUGCGGCAACAAGCCGAACAGCCACAUGAAGAAGAACCAAAAAGGACCAAAAGAAAGUCCCUGACCCUGAUGGAUGAGGCUUGGGGAUGGCUGGAGAGCCUAGGAAGGGGCGCAGUGAACCAAUCAGGCCGCAAAAAGGGGAGCAGGAAGGACACUGUCAAAAGGGAUGGUAGUUCCCUGAACGUUUCUGUCACUGUUGCCAAGGAUCCCUCCACUCCUGGGGUUUUGCAGAGCAAAUUUAGAGAAAAGAGUGCCAAGUCCACUGAGCACCAUCAAAUCUCCUGCUGCAUGGGAGACCAGGGCAGGGACAGAAAGAAAAGUAACCUAUGCAUUUCUGAUGAGGGUAAGGACAUCCAACAUGUUAAGAAACACCCAGAGGUUAGCAUGGCAAAGAUAAAAGCUGAGGGCCAGCAGAAUCCAACCAGUGCCCUUAAGAUGGUUGAUGAAGAAAGGAAGUUAAGAGGACUAGUUGCUCUCCAACAGGCUAGUCUGAAAGAGCUGCAGGUCCAAAUAACCUGUACGGAUAGCCAGAUUCAUGAGCUGGAGGAGCAACGAAAGGCCAGGCAAGAGGCCCAGCAAAAAAUUGGGGAGGAGGCAGAGCAGCUGGAAUUUUGGAAGAAUGAGCUGAAGGCCGAAGAGGGAUAUGAGAAAGACUUGCAGGAACAGUUCCUGGAGAUGAAGGUGAAAGCUGUGGAGUGUAAGGCCAAGUUGGAAGAGUACAAAUGCAAAAUGCAAGGACUUGAUUCCUCAAGGGACAGGAGAACUGUUCAAGAGGAGCAAGUGAAUGUUCCAAGCCAAGAUGCCACAUCUCCGGCUGCUGCAGGGUGGACAAGGCUGAAUAAGGCCCUGAAUCAAUCAAGAUCUCUUACAGUCCGUGUGGUAAAUACUGACAGGAAGUUUGCUCCAAGAGUGGACUCCAAUCAUCCUCAUGCUUUAGUUCCUCCAAACCAGAUCAAGGACUGGUGGACAUGCUGGUCUGAAGCUCAGAGUCCAAAUCCAGAAACACAACCAAGGGUUGUGCAUCUCUCCAAAAUAAUGAUACAUCUGGGCAGCACCAGAGUUUGA